AUGGCGACCGCCCACCCCAAGGUGCCGGCCAACCUCGUCGUCUGUCGGCGCUAUCAGCUCAUGCGCCAAAUUGGCAGCGGCAGCUUUGGUCAGAUCUACCUUGGCGUCUCCCUGACCAGUGGCCGGCGUGUGGCUGUCAAACUCGAGUCGGUGCACGCCAACUACCCGCAAUUGCAGUAUGAGGGCAAGCUCUAUCGCCUGCUUCACGGUGGCGAAGGCAUCCCGCGCGUGCGCUUUUUUGGACAACAUGAUGACUAUUAUGUUUUGGUCAUGGAGCUCCUCGGGCCGAGCCUGGAGGACUGCUUCAACUACUGCCAGCGCAAAUUUACCCUCAAGACGGCUCUGAUGCUUGCUGACCAGAUGAUCGAACGCUUGGAAUAUGUGCACACGCGCCACUUUUUGCAUCGGGACAUCAAACCCGACAACUUCUUGCUGGGCGUGGACAAGCGGGCUAGCACGGUCUACGUCAUCGACUUUGGCUUGGCGAAGCGCUACCGUGACCCCAAGACCGGCCAACACAUCGCCUACCGCACGGACAAGCAGCUCACGGGUACCGCGCGAUAUGCCAGCAUCAACACGCACAAGGGCGUUGAGCAGGCACGCCGAGACGACAUGGAGUCGCUCGGCUACGUGCUUCUCUACUUUUUGCGCGGCGCGCUGCCGUGGCAAGGCAUCAAGGCCAAGACCAAGAAGCAGAAAUACGAAAAGAUCAUGGAGAAAAAGAUUGCGACUCCGAUCAAGGAGCUCUGCGACGGCUUUCCAAGCGAGUUUGAAUCCUAUCUGUCCUACUGCCGCGCACUGCACUUCGAGGAGCAACCCGAAUACGACCGAUUACGCGAUCUGUUCCGGUCAGACUGA